UUUUUUUAAUUUAUUACACUAACUUGUGAUAUUCAUGGUCCUAUAUUUUUAUCUAAAUUACUAAGCGAGUAUGGAUAGCAAGUAUUACUUAUCUUUUUUAUUUGUUUGUGGGGCAUUUAGCUUUUUCCUAAAGUGGCUGUACAAUCAUGCUAUGUGUACAACAACAACAAGAUUAGAUGGAAAAGUUGUUAUCAUAACAGGUGCUAAUACAGGAAUUGGCAAAGAAACAUCUAUUGAAAUAGCCAAGCGAGGAGCAACUGUAGUGAUGGCGUGUCGAGAUUUAAAAAGAGGACAAUCUGCUCUAGAAGAUAUAAAAAGAUUAAGUAACAGUCACAGGGUUUUUUUAAAAAGACUUGAUCUUGCCUCUCUCAGUUCUGUACGCAAAUUUACAUAUGAAUUUAUUAAAGAAUUUGAUUGCCUUCAUAUUUUGAUAAAUAAUGCUGGAAUAAUGAUGUGCCCUUACUGGAAAACUGAGGAUGGCUUUGAAAUGCAUUUUGGUGUUAACCAUUUAGGACAUUUCGCUUUAACAAACUUGCUUUUGAGACAUUUUUCAGUUCAUGGUAGAAUUAUAAAUGUUAGUUCAUGUGUUCACAAAUAUGCAACAAUAAAUUUUGAAGAUAUUAAUUUUGAAAAAAAUUAUUGCAGAAGAAAAGCCUACUGCCAGAGUAAACUUGCAAAUGUUUUAUUUACAUGUGAGCUUCAUCGAAAACUUGUUGGUUCAAAAAUUUCUGCGUAUUCUCUGCAUCCUGGAAUUAUAAACACUGAGUUAGGGAGGCACUCUUUUUUAAAAUACUUACUUUGGCUUCCAUGUUUUAAAUCCCCCAUGCAAGGUGCUCAAACAUCUAUUUAUUGUGCUACAAAAAAAGGAUUAGAAGACCAGUCAGGAAACUAUUUUGCAGAAUGUAAACUCGUAAAAACUAUGAAUAAACACUUUUUUGAUGAAGGCCAAGCUAAAAAGUUGUGGGAGUUAAGUGAAAAAUUAACAGAAACAACAUAUCCUUUAUAAAGAUAUUUAAAUAUAUAUUUUUUUACAAUGAGUUUUUUUAUAAUACUAUUUAAUAUUAUAUCAAAU